AUGUUGAGAAAAACAUUUUCGAAAACCCUUACCUCUCUGUUUUCCAAAUCAACGGGUUGCCAAAGUUUUCGGUCUUUCUGUCUUUGUAAACACUUUCUUUUUUGUACCAUUAAUUGCUUUGUUUCUUUCUUUCUAAAUGGUAUCUUCAUUUCUAAACUUCUGUUCCUUUUUCUUUCAUUUUUAUUAACAUAUUCCUUCAACCGACUCGUUUUCUUUCUUGCAUUUUUUCUUUAUUUCUUUCUUAUUUUCGAGACAAAUUCUUUAUUUCUAUAUCUUUUUUCUUUUUUCUUUUCUUUCUUUCUGGGCAACUUUUUUCUUACUUUCUACGCUGUUAUUUUCUUUCCUUUUUUGUUUCUUUCUUUUUCCCUUUUUCCUUCCCUUUUAUUUCUUUAUUUCCUUGUUUGUUCGUUUGUUUCUUUCUUUCUUUCUUUCUUUCUUUCUUUCCAAACAACAUCCUUCUUAACUUCUACGCUGUUUCUUUCUUUUCCCAUUGUUUCUUUCUUACUAACUUUUUCCUUCCUUCCUAUACUUCUUUCUUUCUUUCUUUCAUUUUCCACUAUUUGUUUGUCUGUCCCUUUUGAUAUUUUUAAAGAUCUUGUUUGUUACGUUCCACAUUGUUUCUUUCUUUCUCAACUUUUUCUUUCUUUCUUUUUCUUCAUUUCUAUCUUUCUAAAUAUCUUCGUUAUCUAUCUAUCAAGUCUUUCUGUCUCAGUUAAAACCCUGCAUUCAUUCUUUCUUUCUAUCUUUCUUUCUCAGACAAAUCAUUUAUUCUUUCUUUCUUUAUCUUUCUUUCGUUCUUUAUUUCUUUUUCGCUAUCUACCUUCUUUCUUUUUCCCCUCUCUUUUCUUUCUUCCUUUCUUUCAAUUAAAUCUGGCGCCUGUAAUAUACACAGAACACCGCGUAACAGUUUACCAAAUUGGCCAUCAUUGUUGUGUAGUCUGCUUGAUCCUCACUGGGUUCAAAAAAUAA